AUGGCCGCCCAACUGCCGCCCCGCCCGACGCUCCUUGCCUCGCCGCCGUCGCUGUCAACCCUGCGCACCGCGCUCCGCUCGGCGACGCGCGACUGCCUCGACCGCAACCUCCCGCACGCCGCAAAGUUCGCAGGCCAGCUCCUCGCCGCACUCCCUGCACCCACACCGCGAGCCCGCUCUCCCGUUCAACCCCCGCCGCGAGACGACCGCCCCGGACCGAGUCGCUCAACGCCCCACCCCGCCGACCACGACCUCGCCUCGCCCCACGUCCACUUCCGCACCUCGACCCCGGUCAAACCCGCAGACGGCUCCUCGGCCGGCGCGCACCCGGCGAGCGGCGCACCAGGCGGCGGCGGCGGCGGCAACGGCGCGGGCGCACCUCGUCCGAGCCUCUCGGGCUUGCUCCCCCUCGGCUCGUUCCGCAGCGCUCGAGGCGGUAGCGCGCGCGACAGCCUCGGCAGCGUCCUCUCGAUGGGCCCGGCCUCGUCGCCCGUCGUCGAGCGCAGCACCGCGUUCGACCGCCUCGACGACGACCUCGACGAGGACAUGCACCCGGUCGCCGGGCCCUCGUCGUCGUCGCGAGACGCCGCACCGGGCCCCGCCGAGGCGUGGCCAGACGCCAAUCACGCAGCGCGCCAAGAGUGGCUCGCGCGCGACGACGACGAGCAGGACCUGUACACGCUCGCGCUCGCCCACCUGCGCUCCCACGAGCUGCAGCGCACGGCCCACGUCCUGCGCAACUGCGCCGGCCCCAAGGCCAGGUGGCUGCGCUCCUACGCCAAGUACCUCGCGGGCGAGAAGCGGCUGCAAGAAGAAGCGGGCGAGCUCCUCGGCGUCAAGGACCGACCGCAACCCAACCCGUUCACGCAAGAGCUCCUCGAGGACAUGGCGAGUUGGGAGCCGGGCUUCCUCGAGAGCGACGGCUGGCUCCUGUACCUUCAAGCCCUCCUCCUCUUGUCCCUCAUGCCGACCGCCCCUGCGCCGACCGCCGCACGCCCUCUCGACGCACCGCCACCAGCGCUCGACUACCGCCUUGCCGCGCUCGAGACGCUCGUCAACUCGGUCCGCCUCGAGCCGUACAACUGGAGCGCGUGGCUCAAGAUCGCCGACUGUCUCGACGGCCCUGAAGAGCUCGAGGCCACCCUUCCCUUCCUCCCUCAGUGCUACCCUCUCCUCCUCUUCUACGUCCACGCCACCCUCGAGAUCCACGCCGCCGGCGACGCCUUGCACGACUGCCUCGACGAGCUCGAGGCCGUCUUUGGCGCCGACUGCUCCGUCAUCACGGGCCUGCGCGCACUCGUGUACUACCACAUCCGCGAGUUUGACGAUGCGACCGCCCUGUUCGCCACCUUGCGCAAGUCGGACCCGUACCGCCUCGACGACAUCGACGUCCUGAGCAACAUCCUGUACGUGUCGGACAAGCGGCCCGAGCUGGCGGCGCUCGCGCAGGAGUACACGCGCCUCGACCGCACGAGGCCCGAGGUGUGCUGCUUGAUCGGCAACUACUUCUCGCUGCGCCGCGACCACGAGAAGGCCAUCCUGUACUUCCGCCGCGCGCUCAAGCUCGACCGAGGGUACCUGUCGGCCUGGACGCUCAUGGGCCACGAGUACGUCGAGAUGAAGAACACGAACGCGGCCAUCGCGAGCUAUCGGCGGGCGGUCGACGUCAACCGCAAGGACUACCGGGCGUGGUACGGCCUCGGGCAGACGUACGAGCUCCUCGGCGAGCCGUUCUACGCCGUCAGCUACUAUCAGCGAGCGGCGGCGCUGCGGCCGUACGACGCGAGGAUGUGGAGCGCCCUCGCGAGCUGCUACGAGAAGCUCAAGCGCAUUCCCGACGCCAUCCGCGCCCACCAACGCGCCCUCCUCUCUUCCGAGCCCGGCGAUGGCUCGGACCUCGCGCUCCGCAUCGGCAAGCUCUACUCGGCGACGGGCCAAGGCGCACACGCCGCGGCGUACCACCGACGUGCGCUCGCUGAGGGCGUGCGCGGCGGCAUGGGCGCCAACGAGCUCGGGCGCGUGUACCUCUGGUUGGCCAAGUGGGAAAUGAGGAGGGCGCCGGGGCCGGCGGCUGCCGGUCGAGGCGGCGGCGGCGGCGGUAUCGGAGAGGAGGACAAGGGAGGGGACCUCGGCAAGGCCGAGGAGUACCUGCGGGUCGUCGAGGGCACGCAGGAGUACCGCGACGAGGCCAAAGCGCUCCUCAAAGACCUCGAGGUCCUCAUGCUCUCGCGCGAGUAGCCCGCAUGCAACGUCGAUGCACUCUGUCUCCU